AUGACUCGUAAACGGCAGAAUGUCGAACAAGUUGAAGCUCCCGUUGUUCCUGAGAAAAAGAAAUCUUUCCCUCCUAAAAAACAGGGUGGAUAUGCUAAUAAACAAAAUUAUGAGGCUGAGAGAUUUGAAAAGAACUACGGGUAUGUCGCUGAUAGAAAUGAGCAAGAAGAGGGUUACAAUAAUAACUACCACGAGUCGUAUGAGGAUAAUUUUGGAGGGGCUAAUGAUUCUCAAAAAGAUGAGACUUCUUUUCCCACUGAAAUCACUUCUUACUUGAAGGGAAUCCUAGUAGUUUUAGAAACAGAAAAAGAUUUAGGCGUUGAAUUUUUUGAUAAGUGUGCCAAGGAAUGUGCUGGUAGUGAAGUAGCACUCUUGACUUACAAAGAUUCGUCGACGGUGGUUGAAAGCGUUUUCGGUUCUAAACCAAUCGCAGCAACAUUGUUCUUGCAAGUUAUUGCAAACCAAAAACAUAAAGUAAUUGUGGAUCUGAUGUUUGGAGGCUGUAGUGCCCGAACAAUAGAAAAGUUGCUUUACUCAAGUGCCCCAAUCACUCUAUCGUCCAUUGAUACUUUGACUAAAUUCGUUGAUCUGUUGUUUGAUAAUUGGCAAGAUGCCAUCACUACCCAACCAUCAACCUACCUGCUUAGGAGCAUAGGAAGAGUCACCUGUGGAUUAGGUCCAAUUGAGAAUCAGCCCAAGUUUGGUGUUGUCAAACGCGUCAAGCCUAAGUUCUACAAUGCUACUGUCAGAACAGCUCUUCAAAGGAUUUUCGCACAACUAGCUGAUCGAUUGUUCGACGCUAAAACUACUGGACCUCAUUGGGACAAUCUGUUCUGCUCUGUUCUCUUACAGUCUUUCUUCGAAGCGGAUGCUGCUGUCCAUGGCAAUAGAGCCGAUGCUUUCGUUGAAAAUGCUUUGGCAAACUUAGAAGAAAGCGAUAUUAUCAAUAAAUUACAAGGAAAAGAGAGUUCUCGCGUGUGGGAUUCCAUUUUCACAUUUUGUACAGAUCGCGGUAUAAAAUUGUUCUGGGAGAAGAUAGCAUCCAAUCAUUUCAAGUCGCUUGUAUAUCAUCCAACUGCUAACUUCCCGAUUCAGAGGCUUCUAGCAGCAGAAAAAUCUGAAGAGACAGCUGUUGCAAUAUGCAAUGUUGUUAUACCACUGAUAUCUACAUUGCUCGCUGAGAAAAAACCCGGAGUUGUGAUAAACUUGUUGAAAUGCUGUAGUUCUCAUGCAAGUUUAGAAGAGCUUGCUCUCAAAGAGUUGAGAAAGCAUUUCAAUGCGGAAACUGCUUCAACUAAAGAACAUUUCUUGUUCAACGUUCUAACACUGAAUCCUCAAAACGGCUCUAGCAUGGACCUUUCAAAGUGUCAAUAUCAUGGUUCAAUGAUCUUGCAAGAGCUGUUCAAAUUCACGAAAGUAAAAACGAUUAGUGCAUGUAUCUCUGCUAUCUCAGAUAAAACCCUUGUUGGAAUGGCAUUCGACAAAAUUGCUUCUCAUAUUGUCCAAGUGAUCAUCAACAGUCCUACUGUUGCCGAGGACAUCAAAACAAAAGUUCUUCAAAGCUUAGAGAAAAGCAGCCCAGACCUUAUCAAGAGUCCUGUAGGUAGUCACGUUUUCGAAUGUAUGUGGGACUCGCCUUUGUUCAAAGUGGCUCAGAAGCAGAAUCUGAUGAAGUCUUUCGUUCCUUUGAGAAAUGAAUCGAAGAAUUGGAAGUUCGCUAUGCUGAGAUGCGAUAUGAAUCUCUUCCGCAGUGACAGGAAGGCUUGGGUGAAAAAACAAAAGGAAUGGAAAAAGCCCGAGAAAAGUAUAUUCUCACACGGAAUCUACAAAAAUUUCUGGUUAAACGGCCUCACUGAUCCCGCCUCCCUUCGUGCUUCUGAUGUUUACAUAUACCACGAGAACAGACGGCGAAGAGGGAAGGUUGGUCUGUCGGGUCUUUCAGAUUGCGCUGCCAUGCACACAACUGACAGAGGUGAAGAGUAUCUUCAACUUAACCUACCUCCUGGUAGCGUGAGUGAAGCGAGUCAUCAAUGUAAGGAACCUUAUGAAGCUGCUCGAUUGAAACAUUUGGCCUGUAUUAAACUAUUCACCAACAAUGAGCUUCUUCGUAAAGAUGUGAAUGGUGAAACAUGUCUGCAUCACGCAGUACGAUCACGAGCUCACGACAUAGCACAGUAUUUGAUCAGUAAAGUACCUGCGUUGAAAGAAAUUCCUUCGCAGAACGUCGAAAUACCAUGCCUAAUUGCGGCAGCAAAUGGAGAUAUGAAGAUGUUGGAAAUCUUAUUGGCUGGACCGAUGAGAUUAGCUCUGCAAUCAGCUUUGCAUAGAGAUUGCAAUGGAACAUCAGUGCUGAUGGCUGCUGUUGCUCGAGGUGAUAACGCCAUGAGUAUGUGGCUGUUAAAGAAGUUUGGGAGACAGUUAGCUGCACUACCUAACUAUUCUAAUAUGCUUCCUCUUCACGUUGCUGCUGCGCAAGGAAACAUUGAAUUCAUGAAAAUCGUCGUAAAGCUUGAUAGUAAUUUGGUGAAUACUCGUGAUGAGUUUGGAUGUACGCCGUGUGUUUAUGCUGUACAAGCAGGAUGCUUGAGUAGUGUCCGCUUUUUAGUUGAAGGUGCCCGAAGUGAAAUGGGCUCAGUCAGUAAUCGGGGGCAAUCUCUUUUGCAUAUUGCUUGUUUGUCUGGCCAUGAACAUGUAGCAAAGUGGAUCUUGAAUCGUAUGGGUACAGAAGCUAUACUAUGGACAACGAAUGAUAAAGCUAAUGUUCUACAUUGUGCUGCAUUUUGCGGAUCAGUACCGGUUUUGCAAUUGCUUUUGGCAGCUUUCAAUACUCGUAAACGUCGCCAAGUCUUAGCUCUUCGUGAUGGGCGCGGCAAUUCUCCUCUGCAUCUUGCUGCAAUUAACAAUCACACCGACGCUGUGCAAAUUAUGUUGAACAAUGGAGCUGACGCAAACUUGGUAAAUGCGGCAGGUCACUCAGCUUUGGGAAUUGCUUCUCUACGAGGCCAUCGUGAGCUCACUCAAAUGCUUUCUCAGCAUAAUAACGCAAACGGUAAGAAGCAGAAGAAGGGUCAAGCAGCAACAUCGUCAUCUUCUCGAGAUGAAAGCCCCGUAUCCGGUUACUCAUCCGUCCCAUCUGGCGAUCGACAUCAUGCUAGCCUAUCACCGCAAGCUUUAAGCUCCGGAUACUCAUCAGCUGGAGAAAUGUAUCCGGAUUCUGUUAUUAGCGGACCAGAAGUGAUGAUUGAAAGACAUCGAAUGCGAUAUGUAGAAGAUGAAGCUGAAUGCUUAAAAGAUUGCGCAGCUCAAACAGACACUGAUCUCUUGCAAGAUCAAAUAAAGAUAUUGGAUGAUGCAGCCUGGACAGGUCUAGGCCUAUCAGCUGUUGAACAAAUCGAUCGUGUUUUGGAAGAAGUAACGAUAUCUGAAUUGAGCCCAGUUUCAUCUGAAUUGGGUUAUAAGCCUCCAAAGGCUGAAAAAAGGUCGAUUGCUGUAUAA